AUGGAUGCAACACAUAAAGCCGAGGAUAUCAUUGAAUCCAACAUUUGGCGACAAGUUCUUGGAGAAUCUAGGAGUCAAAGGGAGAAUAAUUGCAUUUCUCUCUGCGUCCGUAAAAUACCCUUAUGUAGUACAUUCAAGGCAGAAUUAGAGAAAGUAAUAGAAGAAAUUGAUACCAUCAAGAAAUGGAUAGAGAAGAUUGAGGAUGAGAGUGACGUACAAGAUCUGGAUCCAGUGACUUGGUCGAGUGUUGCUUCAUCAAAACCAGCUUCGAGUGACGGAAUAGAAAAAAUUGAUACCAUCGAGAAAAGGGCGGAGAAGAUUGAGGGCGAUAGUGACGUACAAGAUCUGGAUCCAGUGACUUGGUCGAGUGUUUCUUCAUCAAAACCAGCUUCGACUGGCAAGAUUAAUAUGGUGGGUCUUGAUGAUAACAUGAUGGUGAUAAAGGAUUGGUUGACUGGGGAGUCAUCAAAUCUUCAAACUAUCUCCAUUUUGGUAUCUCAAGACUGUAAUGUGCAAGAAAUCCUUAUAGGACUUCUAGAUUCGAUGAAGAAACUCACUAACAAGAUUCGUGCAGAGACCACUCCAAAAUUAAAAGAAAUUUUGUACAAGAAUCUAAAGGAUAAGAGGUAUCUUGUGGUGAUGGAUGACGUGUGGGAUACCGAGGUUUGGGAUAAAGUGAAAGGAUUGUUUCUGAAUGACAAGAAUGGGAGUCGAGUCAUGAUAACCACUAGGCUAGAUAACGUGGCUAGUUCUGCAAACUCUUGUUAUCUGCCUCACCAGAUGCAUUGUUGCCCUUGUGAAUUCGAUUAUAUUGGGAAGAAGAUAGUCAAAAGUUGUCGAGGGCUUCCACUUCCAAUUGUUGUAAUUGCAAGGCACCUCCCUAAUGCCACAAGAACGCUAAAUUACUGGACAAAUGUUGGAGAAAAACUAAGUUCAGUCAUAGCUUCAUAUGAUGAGCAGUGCUCAAAGAUAUUAUCUUUAAGUUAUAAGAAUUUACCUCAUCAUUUGAAAGGUUGUUUCCUUUAUAUGGGAAUUCUUCCAGAAGAUUCCGUCGUUCGGGUCUCCAAAAUAGUCAAGUUAUGGGUUGCAGAAGGAUUAAUAAAAUCAGUGGAAUCCAAAGUUUUGGAAGAUGUGGCUGAGGGGUACUUCUUGGAUCUUGUUGAUAGGAAUAUUGUUUUGGUUUGUCAAAGGAGUUCCCGAGGAAAAAUUAAAACGUGGAAAAUCCAUGAUCUGUUACUUGACCUAUGUGUGAGAGAAGCUCAGAGGCAGAAUUUUUUUCAUGUCAAUGAUAGUUAUCUCCAUGGGGUUUCUGAAGGCAUUAUCCUGCGCCGUUUAAGUAUUCGUAGACGAGAAGAGGUUGAUCAUCCUACCAAAAAUCUACCAAAUUUUCUUUUGCGGUCUCUUCUAAACUUUGCCUGGAAUUCUUCGGUGAUAAAGUUGUUAGAAGGUAUGCUACUGAAAGUGUUUGAUGAUAUGGAUACAAUUUAUCAUCCAACUAUAAUGGCGGAAGUAGUUAACAUGCGGUACCUCGCUUGCUGCUACCUGGAUAAGUGGCUUCCUGCAUCAAUAUACAACCUUAGAAAUCUACAAACCCUUAUUAUUUAUGACACAAUGACGUUUAUAUGUUUAGGACUUAAAAUAUGGAAGAUGACACGGUUAAUGCAUGUCUAG